AUGGCGGCGGUGCGGGCGGUGCGGGGGCUGGUGAACGGCGCCGGGCCCGGCGGGCCGCGGGAGCAGGUGGCGGCCCUCACCCGCGACUACCUCUCCCAGCCGCGCCUCACUUAUAAAACUGUAUCGGGUGUGAAUGGUCCCCUGGUUAUCUUGGAUCAAGUUAAGUUUCCUAGGUACGCAGAGAUUGUCCACUUGACUCUUCCUGAUGGCACAAGAAGAAGCGGGCAGGUUCUGGAAGUCAGUGGCUCCAAAGCUGUGGUUCAGGUAUUCGAAGGAACUUCAGGUAUUGAUGCUAAGAAAACGUCUUGUGAGUUUACUGGGGAUAUUCUUCGAACCCCUGUCUCUGAGGAUAUGCUUGGCAGAGUAUUUAAUGGAUCAGGAAAACCUAUAGACAGAGGCCCCAUUGUUUUGGCUGAAGAUUUCCUUGACAUAAUGGGUCAGCCAAUCAAUCCCCAGUGUCGUAUCUAUCCAGAAGAAAUGAUUCAGACUGGCAUUUCUGCUAUAGAUGGUAUGAACAGUAUUGCCAGGGGGCAGAAGAUCCCCAUAUUCUCAGCUGCUGGCUUGCCCCACAAUGAGAUUGCAGCUCAGAUAUGUCGCCAAGCUGGCUUGGUGAAGAAAUCCAAAGAUGUGAUGGACUACAGUGAAGAAAACUUUGCCAUUGUGUUUGCUGCUAUGGGUGUGAACAUGGAAACUGCUCGGUUCUUCAAAUCAGACUUUGAGGAAAAUGGGUCCAUGGACAAUGUGUGUCUGUUCCUGAAUUUGGCCAAUGAUCCAACCAUUGAACGGAUUAUCACACCUCGUCUAGCUCUAACAACAGCAGAGUUCUUGGCAUAUCAGUGUGAGAAGCAUGUGUUGGUCAUUCUGACAGACAUGAGCUCCUAUGCUGAAGCUCUGCGAGAGGUUUCAGCAGCUAGAGAGGAAGUGCCUGGCCGUCGUGGUUUCCCAGGUUACAUGUACACUGACUUGGCUACUAUAUAUGAGCGUGCUGGGCGUGUGGAAGGCAGAAAUGGUUCCAUUACUCAGAUUCCUAUUCUUACCAUGCCCAAUGAUGAUAUUACUCAUCCUAUCCCUGACUUGACUGGAUACAUCACUGAGGGACAAAUCUACGUGGAUAGGCAGCUGCAUAACAGACAGAUUUACCCGCCUAUUAAUGUCUUGCCCUCCUUGUCUCGACUGAUGAAGUCAGCUAUUGGGGAGGGUAUGACCAGGAAGGAUCAUGCAGAUGUGUCCAACCAACUGUAUGCCUGCUAUGCCAUUGGAAAGGAUGUGCAGGCUAUGAAGGCUGUAGUUGGUGAGGAAGCUCUUACCUCAGAUGAUCUUCUUUAUCUGGAGUUUCUGCAGAAGUUUGAGAAGAACUUCAUUGCUCAGGGUCCUUAUGAAAAUCGCACUGUUUAUGAGACCUUGGACAUUGGAUGGCAGCUUUUGCGAAUCUUCCCCAAGGAGAUGUUGAAGAGAAUUCCUCAGACAACGCUGGCUGAGUUCUAUCCUCGAGAUUCGACUGCAAAACACUAGCCACAGCUUCAUCUCUAACUCCUUGCUCUGUGAAAUGCUGUUUGUUUUCUUUUUUUCAUGUGUUGGUGUUUACUUGUCGCCCUUACAAUUAAAACCAAGAAUAGGUGA